AUGGCACCAUCCCGUGAAGAGAUCCUCGCGCUCGCCACCAGCGACGUCCGCAAUGCAAUUCCCCAGGAGACUCUCCUUCCACUGAUCACGACCAGUCCCUUCAUCCCCUCCAAAUCUCUCUUCAACCUUCGAGAUGUCGGCGCGGUGCCCGGCUCCGCGAUCCCUGCAGGACGUGUCUUUCGCACGGGUGCCCUCGCCCAAGCCGCGCAAGACCCCGAGGCUCUCACCUGGCUGCAGGCCAAUGUCAAGAAGAUCUUUGACCUGAGAAGGGGUUCUGAGCGGGAGGCGGCGCCAGAUCCGGAGCUGCAAGGCGUGGAGAAUGUCUGGUACGCGACCGAAGGGAAGAACCCAGCUCCUGAUCUGACGGCCUUCGCCGCCGCCGAUGGGGCCGAGGCAUGGGCGGACCAGCUCAUGAUUGUAGCGUCCAGCUACAAGCCUGUGAUACGUGAGCUUCUGAGGCACGUACGGGAUCAUCCCCAGGAACCAUUCCUGUUCCACUGCACCGCUGGUCGUGAUAGAACGGGCCUUGUGGCUGGUCUGUUGAACCAGCUGGCUGGCACUGCGCAGGAAGACAUCGUCUACGAUUACCUCCUCUCGCGACUGGGCACGGAGCCUGUACGCGAUAAGCUGGUCAAGAUCGCCAUGAUCAACCUGGGUAUCGACGACAUUGAGACCCCAGGCUUUGCGAACAUUGUCGACUUGCGCGCAGAGUAUUGGCUGGCGUUCCACACAGCGCUGCAAGAGGAGUAUGGAAGCUGGGAUGGUUAUGUCACCAAAGGCCUUGGGUUCUCUGCAGAGGACUUGGACACAAUCAAGAAGAAUCUACGAUCGUAG